AUGCUUUUGGACCCCAUGGGAGGCAUUGUGAUGACCAAUGAUGGCAGUGCCAUUCUUCGAGAGAUUCAAGUACAGCAUCCAGCGGCCAAGUCCAUGAUUGAAAUUAGCCGGACACAGGAUGAAGAGGUUGGAGAUGGGACCACGUCAGUAAUUAUUCUUGCUGGGGAGAUGCUGUCUGUGGCUGAGCACUUCCUGGAGCAGCAGAUGCACCCGACAGUGGUGAUCAGUGCUUACUGCCGGGCACUGGGUGAUAUGAUCAGCACCCUUGAGAAAAUAAAUAUCCCUGUUGACACCAGUAACCGAGAUACGAUGCUGAACAUCAUUAACAGCUCCAUUACUACCAAAGUAAUCAGUCGGUGGUCGUCUUUGGCUUGCAACAUUGCCCUGGAUGCUGUCAGACCUGUACCGUUUGAGGAGAAUGGCCGGAAAGAGAUUGACAUCAAGAAAUAUGCAAGGGUAGAAAAGAUACCUGGGGGCAUCAUUGAAGACUCGUGUGUUUUACGUGGAGUCAUGAUUAACAAGGAUGUGACCCAUCCACGAAUGUGA